CGUUUGCCGCAGCAGCUACAUGUGACUGGGCACAUUACUCUAUUUAUAACAGCUGAGGGCAAGGCCCCAGUCUGACAUAUGCAAGGACAGACGGACGGACGGACAUCAGAGCUGAAAUGUUUCCUGCAGGGACAAAGUACUGACACCUUCAAACUGGAUGUCUGGUCCUUCUGCAACAGAUUGAAGAGCGUGUGAGGUAUCAAAAUGGAUGAUUUAGAUCACAGCAUGCACAUUGCGGAGUUUGACUGGACCAGCUUCUACGAUGAGAGUGAGGAGUGCCGCCUACUGCAGCCUUCGCUCGCCUGCCCUGAUAACCUGAGCCUCAGCGAUUCAGAGGAUCCCGAAAACUCAAGUCCAGUCUUCAACAAGGGGCAGAAUGAGAUACAGCAGAGCCCUGACGUGAGUGGUGAUGGAGCAGAGAGCAACGCCCCAGGAUGCAGCACAGGAGAAGAGAACAGUGUGAAGUUGUCGAUGAAGCUGCAACAACAGUGGAGAACAAGCUGGAGAAGAAAGGGACUGCAGAAGACAUCACAGGGGAGACAACAAUGCAUGUUCAGUGUCCAGGAGCAUCUACAGAGCCUGGAAAAAGUGAACAGAGAUCUGCAAAUGGAAACAGAUCAUUCUAGAAAUGAACCUGAUCCACUGUCUCUUAACCAAACAGAGGCUAAUGAGAAUGAGCCAAACGCCGCAGAUGGAGCUACAAGUGAGGAUACGAGUGGUGUCUCUCCAAGGGCAGCAGAGAAGGAGCGCUGGUUUGUGACCGUAAAUGACAGCCCUGCACGACAGCGUGUGCGAGCCACCUCUGUAAAAAAAAAACGAAGACAAAAAAAACCUUGUAGAAAUGGUCACGUGUGCAUCCCUGGGCAAGAGGAAUCACCUGAAAAUGGCUUGGAGUUACAGAUAAAUAUGGAUAAAAAUGAAUCUGAGGGAGGGAGGGACAUGGGCGGCUUCACUCAAUCAAUCCAAAAGUUAAUGGUUCAAAACUCAGGAGGGCUUCAAAGUGCUGAAAUAAAUCCUGAGAGCAUUUCACAUUCAUUGCAAAUGUCUUGUGAAGAAGACAGUUUAUCAGAAAAACUGGUUAUCUCCCAUCCCCCGAUAGAAAAUAUCACUGAGCCGAUAACAGACAGAAAUAAACAUGAAACUGGCAGCUCUGCAUCCACAUCACAUGACACCUUUACUCCCAAAGACCCGUCACAGCUGGAGAGUGCGGAGUCAGACGAGUUCGAGGAUGGUGUUGAGUUCUUCCCCAGUUAUGACUCUGAAAGUUAUUUGUCUGCUGCCGAAUCAGUGGAGGACACUCAGCACUUUCUCAUUGAAAAACUUCAACCUGUGGAUUUAAUACAGUUGCAGCACUCAGGGUCUCCGACGUCGCAGACUGAGCGCGACUUCACACAGGACAGAAAAAUGCUUCCUUGCGACAGCGUUCUCUCCUGCAAUGCAGCAGCCACUGACUGCGAUGGUUAUGAACGAGCUGAUGUCGAUCCCACCCUGACAUUUCCAUCUGCUGGCCAGAGAGCCAACAAAAUGCCAGAUGAUAACCCAGCAUGCGAUGAUAACACGCAGCACAGCACGGUGCUCCACACGCUCUCGGACACACCUGGCUUCCAAAAUGACACAAUAAAUCUUUCAGCAUCUGGUAGCUCUUCAGGAGAUCGGCUCAAUCCUCCCCCUGUUCCUGAUUUAACUGUAACACCUUGCCCUGUGGCUGACAGCCCUGAAACAUACGCUGAAGCUGCAGGCCACACUCGACCUGUGUAUGCCAUUUCUGCCUUUUGGGAUGAAAUGGAAAAACUGACGAUAAAUGACAUUUUGCAGCUAAGGAUGGGUAAGAGCACGCCUCCCAGGGACACGCAAGAAACAGCAAUGGCAAACGAAGAUGAAUCUCUUACAAGUCAGAACUCCCUGGUUGACACUGUGCAGUACAGUUCGUCUGACAGUGGUCUGAUGGAUGCAUCGGACACUGCCGAUUCGGACUACUUCACCCAGCCUGACGAGUCUAAGCCAGACCGCUCAAGCUGCGAGUUUUCAACCUCAGAUUUCGAAGAGGAGUACUGGCAGUUCCUUGGAGCCAGUAGGAACCCCAGUCCUGAUCCUCAAAGCAAAAACCAAAGGACUGAUGACUAUCCUUUUCUGUCACCCGAGGAGUGGUCAUCCACAAGUUCUGAAGGAAAGGAAACGCCUGUGCCUUUGGAGGACUUUGAGGGACAGUGGUUCGAGAAUCGGGAGUCACGUACUUUGAGCGAACUUGCGUGGCCAAGACGGAUAGCAAAGAGCAAAAGCAUGCACAAUGUACAAGCUCUUAACACAGAUGAUUUAACUUUACCCUUUGGUGAUGAUGAGAGUAGUCUGUUUCUCAGCAGCUGUCAGUCUCUGGAGGACAACGUGGUUUUGAAAGUGAGCGAUAGCCUUGGCACACUAAUACCAGCACCUUUUCUAUCCAACACAGACAUACUGGAUGAACAUUAUCAAAUAUCCUUCCCAGAGGUGUUUGAGUACUUUUUCGCAGAUGACAAAACAAAGACUGACUCCAGGUGCGUUGCUGUCUAUGAUCCAGAGGACAUCUCAGUAGCUCCCAUGUUUGGCUACACUCUUUGUACAUUCAGGGAUGAAUUACCAUUCUCCUCCCUCCACGAUUCCCAGUGCAGUGAGGAGAAACCCAUCCCCAUCUUCUCUUGUUCCCAUCCCACCAUCAGAGAGCUUACAUUCCCAAAAUCGGACUAUGUCUUCCUGAGCGCAGACUGCAAGAUGGCAGCGGAGGAUGUGGAUGACUUUUCUCCAAUCAGAGUUGUGUCUCGCUCUUUCAUCCAGGCCAAUCAGCACGGGACGUCUGCAGCGGCCGCUGGUGGGUCUCGCAGCUGGAAAAGUUUGCUGUCGAUGAGGAAGAUUUGCUUCCACAACAAAGGCAGCAUCUGGUGCCGAAGGUCCGGUGCCUGGGUGUUUCCAGUCAAGUAUGAGAGGACGGAGAGAAAGCAUCCACCAAUCGCUGCACUCACAGAGGGAAAAGGCUCUUCAACUCCUUCCCAGUUGCUCACAGUGCAGCAGAGCAUUUUGGCAACUAUACAACCAACAAAGCGAGAGGGCAUCUUCUCUACGCUGAAGCAGUCAGAUAUGUGUUUGGUCUGCAUUGCCUUUGCCUCCUGGGUACUGAAAUCCUCUGAUCCAGAGGCAGCUGAUGCCUGGAAAGCAGCUCUGCUGGCAAAUGUGAGUGCACUAUCAGCGAUCCAGUAUCUGCGGCAGUAUGUGAAGAAGAGGAGUCCUCAAGAUGAUCCCUGACACAUAAUGUACACACAAGAGAAGUCAUUUCCAAACAUUUUUCACCUGGGUCCAUCUAUAAAAAUACAUCCACUGUAUAUAUGUCAAAUAACUGCUAAAUAUCUACUGUUUUAGCGUAAGCAUUGGUUUCCAAGUUACAAUACAUCACAUAAAGAUAGAAGUUGGUAAAUUGAUGUUUUAAGUUUUUUUUUCAGCCUGAAACUAGUUAGACUGAUUAUACUCUGAUGUGCAAUAAUUAGAGAUUAAGUGAAAGAAGAAUAAGGAUUAGAAAAACUAAAGGAUUAAAUUUCAAAGAUAACAAGUAAUUAAUAUAUGUAAUAUAAAUAUUAAAAUGUUAAUAUGCAUAUUUUCAGUGCAGGAAAAUGUCAAAUAUGUGUAUUAAGAAAUGUGCUGGCAUGCUACAAUAUGGUGCAACAGACAGUGGGUGCCUGCUUACUUUUUCCAGAUUCUCUUGGCUUGAUUCUAAACUUUAUCAGUUCUGGGUAAACUGAUGUUACUAUAUGGACCAUUAUGUAAGCACAGAAGCUCAUAGUUUUUAACACUUACGGUGUAACAGCAGCAUGUUGGCUUUUGAUGCACGUGGGGUGUGUUUGCAGAGGAUGAAAAUGAGGAUAAAAGCCUGAAAGAAAGUCAUGAUGUAGAUAUGGGUAUGGUUUGUUGUAAGAAAAGACUAGUUAGCAGGUGACAGCUUGAGCUGUGUGAUUGGAAAGCUUUGUCUAAAACAAUGGUUCCCUAUUUACAUAUUUAUGCCCCUGUAAUUAAAACUAAUCAGUGUUAAACAGUAAGGAAAAACAAAAGAUUAGAGACAACCCUGAAAAUUCAAGUAACUCUUUGUAGCUGGUUUUUGUUUUUUCUUGCUUCACAACCCCUCAGAUUAAUCUUAUGACCCCUUGUGGGUGUCUGGACCCCCAGGUUGGGAGCCACUGCUCUAAAAUGCUAUAUAGUCAAAAGGCCAGGGCAGCAUCUGACGCAAUAAGAGAUCUGUCACAUCCUGUGUUGGAAAAAAAUAUAAGCUGCUUUGUAGCUUUAAGUAGCUUUUUGCAUAACUUCAUAAGUGACAUUUCCAUUAGGUGCUGCUGUCUCAAACGCUUUCAAGUAUUAAUGCCGAGUGAUUUAUUGUUGCCACUUAAAAACUAUUUUGUGUACAGAACUACAAUCACAUAAUUGUACUUGUACUUAUACUUCAUAUCUCUUUACAUGCAAAACUUGGUUCACAUGAUUUCCAUAUAUGACAGAUGUGUGAUUUAAUGCAAUAAAACAAUGAAUAUGUAA